AUGUAUCAAUCCACUCAUCUCGCAGUCGGUCGUCGGCGUCCCUUCAGCGAAGGCUUAGGAUUGGUAUUAUUGAAAAGAUUGUCUGAUGCUAUCCGUGAUAAUGACAGCAUAUACUGCGUUAUCCGUGAUGUUUUAUCCAAUCAUGAUGGACAUUAUAAUAAGAUCAGUUACAGUACUCCAUCAUCAGACGGUCAAUAUCAAUUACUAAAGGAAAUCUAUACGCGACAACAAAUAGACCUAAGCAAAGUUCUAUAUAUUGAAGGACAUGGCACUGGUACACAAGUUGGUGAUCCAAUAGAAGCAAAUACAUUGGGUAAAUUUUUUAAUCGUAGUAAAGCUGAUAUGCCGCUACUUUUGGGUUCCGUUAAGUCGAAUAUUGGACAUACUGAAGGUACAUCAGGUAUUGCUGGACUCAUCAAAGUGGCUCUAUCGAUAAAACAUCGAGUGAUUCCGCCACAAAUGAAUUUUAAAAAGAUUAAUCCAAAAAUCAAAGCACAGGAAUACAAUUUACAUAUUGUUCAACAUCUGACUAGAAUUCCAACAAAUUAUAUAAUAACAAUUGGUAUUAAUUCAUUUGGUUUAGGUGGAAACAAUUGUCAUGCAAUUAUAGAAGAAUAUUCGAAGCCAUUAAUAAAUAAAAAACCGACAGUUCCAUUCAAAGAAAAUUUCAACAAAAUAGAUGCUGCUAGUCAACAAUAUUUUACUGCAGUAUUGUCUGCGAAGUCCUCAGAAUCAAUAAGAAAUCAAGUGGAUAAUUUUUUCAAAUGGUACACGGCACUUAAUAUGAGUGAAUUACUGUUGACAAAUAUAUGUUAUAAGCUCCUCGCCAAACGAGACAACAAAUAUGCUCAUCGAGUAUCUUUUAAUUUUGCGGAUGAGAAUGAGUUAAAAAGUCAACUGAACUCACUUUUAUUGGCAUACAAAGUUAAUAAUACGACUGAAAAUAAUAGUAUCAGCGGUGUAACUAUCUCUCAAUUUGACGAAUCUAGGUCACAUUUGCGCCAAAACAUAUGUUUUGUAUAUCCUGGACAAGGAACACAAUGGUGGAAAAUGGGACGUCAGCUAUAUUUUAGCGAAGCAAUAUUUAAACACUGGAUUGAUAAAAUUAAUUCAGAACUUUUAGAAUUAACAAGUGAAUGGUCAUUAUUGCAAGAGCUUAUUUAUGUACCAGAGGAAAAAUUCUCUCGUAUUAAUGAAACCAAUAUAGCUCAACCAGCGCUAUUUGCUAUACAAGUAGCACUAACUGCCCUUUGGCUUUCGUGGGGUAUAGAACCGAAAACGAUUGUCGGUCAUUCUGGCGGUGAAGUAGCUGCAGUUUAUAUCAGCGGACGUCUGACACUACAAGAAGCUGUUCAAACUAUAUAUUAUCGUUCUGAUUUACAACAUCGUACUAGUCGGCAAAAUGGACGUAUGUUAGCUGUAACCGGUUUAAAUGAAGUAGAGGCAAAUAUGCUUUUGCAAGGAUUUAAAAAUUGCAUUUCACUUGCUGCCAUUAAUGGUCCGAAUUCAUUAACGUUUAGUGGCGAUGGAACUCAACUCGAAAAUCUGUAUGAAAUUUUAACAGAAUUGAAACCAAAUACUUUCAAAAAAUGGCUGAAUGUUGAAAAUGCAUAUCAUAGUCAGCAAAUGGAAAAGUUUAAUAUCUCUGAAGAUUUAUUAUCAUCUCUUGCUAAUAUUGGAGGUAAAUCUUUAUCUAAAAAAGAAGAUUUAUUUAAUGAAACAUGUUCAAAAGCACAUCUAUUCUCAACCGUGACGGGCAAAUGUGCUGAUAAUUUACAUUUCACUAAUCAAUACUGGUGGAAAAAUUUACGUGAUACCGUUCGUUUCAAAGAAGCUAUACUAGCGAUUCUUAACGAUCAUAGUAUAAUGAUGGAUGUGUUUUUGGAAAUAUCUCCACAUCCCGUUUUAGUUACUUCGAUUCAAGAAUGUUUCACUCUGUUAAAUCUAAAUACAUUUCCACUUACUUUAUAUUCGCUUAAGCGUAAAGAAAAUGAGCAACAAACAAUGUUAUCGUCUUUAAGUCAAUUGCAAAGCGUUGAUUGGAAAGUGUUCUGUAGUACUCGAACUUGGUCUGCAGCUGCCAGUGACGAAGGUAUUGAUGAUUUACCUUUUUAUGCUUUUGAGAAACAAACGUGCUGGCUAGAAACCAGAGAUUCAGUAGUACGCCGACGAGCAAAACAACAAAAACAUCAUCCUCUUUUGGGUCUGCGUAUGUGGCCGGAUGAGAAGUUUGCUGUAUGGAAAAACUAUAUAAACUUAAAUGUACUUGAACAUGCGUAUUUAACUGAUCAUAUUAUUCAAGGCCAACCAUUAUUUCCUCUGACUGGUUUUAUAGAAUUGAUUCUUGCAGCUAUGAAUGAACUUCAGGAAUUUGUUCAACCUUCCUUAACACCUAUUAACGAAAUUGUACUGGAGAACAUUCAGUUGUUGUCAAGUUUAAGUUUAAAUAAAGAUCCAGAUCAAUACACAGAAAUUCACACAGUUAUCAUUCAAUGUCAACAAUUCUUUAUCUACAGCCGUCGCAAUCCUGUAUUAAAUGUUACACGUCUUGGAGGUAUUGCGUCAUACGAUCUUGUAGAAGAUUUUUCUAAGGAGCAACUACUGAAUGAUUAUUCAUCACAUGGAUGGAUUUUGCAUGCAGAAGGUUUUAUCAAUACUAAAAGUAUCGGCUGUUCUACUAUGCUGGAUACGUUAUGCAAUGUUCAAAUGCUUCAAAAGACAUUUCCUAACUUGCUAUAUUCAUCGUUCAAAAAUAUUAAUAAGAUAAAUCUUUUAUAUCAAUAUCUUGCCAAUCGUGGUUAUUUAUAUGGACCAGUCUUCCAAUGCGUUGGCGCAUUUCAUAUAUGCGAAAAUGAAUCGUAUAGUAGACUGAAUAUAUCUGAUCGUUUAUCACAUGAACAUUUAAAAGAUUACUAUUUACAUCCAGCACUUGGUGACGCAUGUUUUCAUUCUACUAUUGGUUGUAUUCCCGGCUAUGAUACAUAUGUCCCUGUCAGAGUUAAAAGACUUAUUAUACGCAAUAAUAAAAUGCUUUUAAAUAAACAAACCAUUGUUCAUGCUUCAAUAAGAAAAAACGCUCGGCAUAUGCGAAAUGAACUAUCUUAUGAUCUCAUGGUUCUGGAUGCAGAAAAUAAUCGGAUGGUGGCCAUUUGGGAAGGUCUACAAGUGAAACAAUUAUUCGAAAGGAGUGAUAACAUAGAUAUAGACUUCUAUUUAUUUGAUAAAGUUCGUGAAACUUCAAUUUUGCCAAAAACCGUAUCGACGAACAAACACAUACUUACUCAUAAACUUAUCAAGAACUAUUGUUUUGAGAUGCAUUGGAAACAAAUACCAGUAGUGCGAAAUAUCGACAAACUUAUUCCAGAAUGUUCAGAAUUACUUUACACACAAGGGAACUUCGAAAAUAUGGUACUAAGCGUCCGUUGUUUUCUUCAGUCGGGUGUAACAGAAAUAGAUAAACAACUGAUACAAGCAAAGAAAUAUCUAAAUGAAUUUGUAUCAUUACAUGCAAUGAAUUUAUUUCAACAACUGACCAACAGUAAUAAACUUGAUGAAAUCAAACCGGAAAAUUUGAAGAAAGUAUCUCUCAAAAACUACCAUCUAUUAAUUGAGUUAUUAAUUAAUGACUUCCAAUGCCGUAACUCUAUUAACGAAUUCAUUUCACACUCGACUAGUCUAUAUUAUUUAAAUAUUAUCAAACAGUUUCCUUUGAUAAAACCGUUGAUUUCACUCAUUUUCUCAUGCGGUACUAAUUUAGCAAACAUAGUAACUGGUCGCUUGGAGGCAGCAGAUGUAAUAUUUAAUGAAGCACAUAGAUCAAAAUUCGAACAGUUUUGUUCAUUUAUGUCGGAAUCAUAUACUAAACAAGUUUUCACGGCGCUCGUCAAGCAAAUACAAAAGAAGUUAGCCAUGAACAAUAAUGUACAAAAUGUUUUAACAGUCUUAGAGAUUGGAGCAGGGAACGGAGCAGCAACUCUGAUUGCAUUAGAUGUUUUACUCGAAUUUACUAACUCGACAGGAACUAUAAUUGAAUAUACUCUUACUGACAUAUCUGCUGAGGUGCUGAAUGAUGCACGAAAAAUUCUUACUUCAUACAUAACACAACGUAAUACGAAAGAUCUUUUACGUCUCACAUAUGAAGUAUAUGAUAUCAAUAAAAGUCCUGAACAUUAUCAAUUUGAAUCAUUCAAUAUUAUAUUUGCUUCACAUGUAAUACACAUUGCAGAAAAUAUAGCUCAAACACUUUCAAAUCUACGGCAACUGCUCACUUCUAAUGGUCUUAUGAUUGUACUCGAAAGCACACAUUCAAUAUUGUAUCUUAAUAUGAUCUACGGUCUACUAUCACAAUCAUGGAAUACCUCUUUGGAUAAAAAGAGUAGAUUAAACUCGUCACCUUCGAUGUUAAAGAUAGAAGAAUGGCAAUCUGCUUUUAAGUUGGCUAGUGGAUAUCGAGAAAUUGAUUAUGUGUGUUCGGAAACAGGCGUAACAACAAUAAUUGCACAAAAAUUGGUUGAUGUAACACAAGAAAAGCUUUGGAUUAUAUUUUGUGAUGCUAAUCAACAAUCAGUAGGAUGUGAAAUCGCAAUAAAACUUCAGCAAUGCUAUGGAGUUCAAAAUAUAGAGUUACUGAGCUAUCAAAAAGAGCUCAUGUGUGCUUCAUAUUUUCAUACCAUAGUAAUAAAAGACAUUGUAAUUGAUAUUCGGCGGUUUCUCGAGGAUACGGCAUCAUCCUUCCCAACAGUCGACAUAGUGUACUGUUGGCCUUUAAAUUUCGGUUUUGAAGAUAUAAAUGAGCAUAUAGUGCAUGAUAAAGUAGAGAUUGUUUGUGGUGCGCUAUCUUCAAUAUUCCAAACUAUGGCUGUAUUUUCCAAGAGAUCACGUAUAUUUGUUCUAACUCAAAAUGGACAAAUUGGUCAGCAGAACACCGAUGUCAAUCCAAUUCAGUGUUCUGUAAUUGGCUUCACACGUACAGCGCGAAGAGAAUACACAAAUUAUCGAUGCAAACUAAUCGAUCUUAUGUCUAGAUCAUCUAUUCUUAUUGAUGAAUUAAUCAAUGAAAUACAUAGUCGAUCUGAAGUAAUAGGUAUAGAAGAAGAAACGAUUUUACAACUAGACGCAUCGUGUCUGGUAGAACGAUGGAAACCGGUUUACAAAAAGUUCAACCAGAAUGAGAUAUUAAAACAAAGUCAAAAACAAGAACCGACUACAAAAAUAGCAAUGUUUGGCCAAGCUUGUGACACCAUACCAUACAAAUUGGAGGACUCACAAUUUCACUCUCCACUCCAUUCUAGUCAAGUUUUUUUCUCAUCAACAUUUAUACUUCCACCAAACAGCGUCGAAGUUAAAGUCGACUGUAUAAGUGUUAAUUAUCGAGAUUUACCCAUAGUACAAGAUGUUUAUGCGAGUUCUUCAACAGCUAAUUUUGAACACGAGCUAAAAGAUAAGAAACUCAGAACAAACUUUUGCGGCACUGUUACUAACCUUGGAGAACGAGUCUCAUUUCUAAAAAUUGGUGAUCGUGUAUUGAGCAUUUCAAACAACAUCGAUUGUUCUACAUCGUAUGUUAUAGUCGAUGAAAUAGAAGUCGUUCGUGCUCCGCAUAAUUUAACAAUGGAGCAACUAUGCCGCAUCGGGAUUCCAUUUCUUACUGUUGUUCAUGCAUUACAAAAAUGUGCAAAUUUGGAGUGUAAUCAAUCAGUUCUCAUUCAUAAAGCAUCUACUGAUAUUGGCUUGGCAGCAAUAGAAUAUUGUAAAUUUAUUGGUGCUCACAUAAUUGCCACUGAUGAUACAGUACAAAAUCGUGAUUAUUUGAUGAACACUUUUAAUUUCAAACAUGUCUUAAACUGUAGUGAUCUAUCAUUUGUUGCACAUACACGACAACUAGCACCCAACGGAGUUCAUGUAGUACUAAAUACGCUUUCCGAAGUUUUCCUUGAAGAAUCAAUAAAACUUCUGUCGCCAUAUGGUCAUUUCAUUGAACUUAAUCCGAAUUUUGAUCAUGUAUUGUUCUAUGUGACUAAUCCUAUUAGUUUUCAUGUCAUUAACUUAGUCGAAUAUCACAGAAUUUAUCCAAAAAUAGUGACUGCUUUAUUGAAAGAAAUCAGUGAUAUGGUUGAAGAAAAGCAAAUACGACUUGUUAAGCCAGUAACAGUCUUUCAAUCUUCACAAACGGAAGAAAUAGCAAAACUGUAUAAUGAUACUAACUUUAUAGGUCCAGUUAUAAUGAAAACUUCAACUACUAUCGAUGAUUUAUCUGUGAAUACAUCCAUCAAUGCUGUAUUGAAAACUAAGAAAUCAAACGCAUUAUUUUGUUCUAAUUUUGUUUGCAACCAUGGUACUAUAAUGAUUUCGGGAGGAUUAGGAGGAUUGGGAAUGGAAAUGUCAAAGUGGAUGAUUAAAAAUAAACAUGUUAAACGAAUAGUAUUAUUGUCUCGAAGAAAUAUGGAUGAACUGAAAUUGAGCAACACACAAGAAGAGAAUUGGAAAGAUUUGGAACAAACGGCUUUGCAAUAUGAUGCGCACGUUGAAAUUGCUAAAGUCGAUGUAACGAAGCAGGAUCAAGUUUUUAAAAUUUUCGAACGAAUUAAUCGAUCGUCAUUUCCUGUGAGAGGUAUAAUUCAUAUGGCAAUGGUUUUACAUGACUGUUUAGUUGAAAAUUUAACAUUGGAUAUUUUGUCAGAAGUUACAGGGCCAAAAGUUCGUGGUGCAUGGUUCUUACAUUCUGUAUCAUUAAUGACGAAAAGUCCCAUCGAAUUCUUUAUUAUGUUUUCGUCAGUGAGAAAUCAUCUGAAUGAUAUAGGAUCAUCCGGUUAUAAUGUUGGGAAUAAUUUCCUUGAUGGCCUUGCGCAUUAUAGAUCUCAGAAAAACUUGCCAGCACUAUCAAUUAGUGUACCUGGUAUACUUGACGUUGGUUAUAUCCAGCGAAAUCAUGGCUUACUGGUCGAUUCAAUCACUGAAGAAGGUAGUGAGCUCUUACCAGCGUGUUACUUAUUUGAAUUAAUUGAGGUAUUCCAUUCAAAUGAAAACACAAUACCUACUCCGGUCAUAUUUGCUGUUAACUGGAAUAAGCUACUGUUGAAAUGCGAAGCAUAUUCAUCUAAAUUACAGAAUUUGAUAAAAGAACAAGUUUCAAACGCGGUCUCGAAUGAAAAGAAAGUUCAGUCAUUAAAAGCAGACAAAUUAACUAUAAGCGACAUAGAAAUGAUCAAAAAUGAUAUUCGUUCUAUAGUUGCAAAGUUAUUUGAUUCAAAUGAUUCUGAAAAAAUUGAAACUAACAAAUCAUUAAUAAGCCAAGGAUUGGAUUCUUUACGAGCCGUUUCACUUUAUAAUCGCUUAUAUAAUAAAUAUGCCCUUCAGAUGUCAAUAACAGAUAUUCUUUAUGGUAUAUCAAUUAAUGAAAUUACGUACAAGAUCCAUCAACAGUGGCAGUUGACUCACAAAUCUUCAUCUAAUGAUUCUACUACAGGCGUUGAUUCUCCAAAUAAUACUGAUACAUCGACAGCAAGCUACAAAAAUAGCACAAAUGUCAUGGACGCUGGAGCUAUCGAGUUAUAUACUGGUACUUCACUUUUAAUUCGACUAGGUGUCCACAAUAGUGCUAAACCUAAUAUAUUUUGUAUACCUGAUAUUCUUGGUCUUGGUGAUCGUACAUUUUCACGAUACGAUGAAAAGCUGAAGAGUCAUUUUACGCUGAUUUCAUUUCGAUCAAGUGGGUAUGCAGAAAAUGAAUCCACAUUAACAUCUGUUGAACAGAUUGCUGACGAAUAUAUUCAUCAAAUGAAACGGUAUCAACCCUAUGAACCAUACAUUUUAUUUGGUUAUUCUCUAUUUGGCUGUUUAAUUGCGUAUGAAAUGAUAUAUCAGUUAACUCUAUAUCAUAAAAAUAUUUCUGUUCAGUACUUAAUUCUACUUAAUUCCAACGAUGAAUUACAAUGGAAUGUUCAAAGCUAUAUCAGCAAACCAAGCACGAUUAUGCAUCUAUGUAUUAUUUAUAAACCGCAAAUAAAUCAAAACUCAAUCUAUAAUUCUUUAUUAGUAAGAUUUAAAAGUCAGUCAUAUUUAUAUCUGAAAACUACAACAAAUGAAAUCAUGGAAAAUAUAUCAGAAAUAUUAAAUACAAGUAAUUCUAAUGACAUUCUAUUGAGAUACAUUUAUAAAGUAGGCGAUAAAAACACAUUUUUGAAAAAAGUUUACAACGUGAUUGAAAACAACUUAAAAGCACUAAAUGAAUACAUACUACGAGUAAUAAACAAUAGUGAAUCCAAUAUACAGUUAGAUACACAUAUUAUUCAUACGUCAAAAGUAAGAGCACUCAUUAACGAUGAACAAUUUAAUAAUGUUGUUGAUGACACGCAACCCUUAUUUCCGAAUAAAAAUAAACAAACUGACUAUUACUUUGAAGAGGAAGUGGAUGAAGAAAAUGUUCCAAAUGUUAUCAUUCAUAAAUUAAACAUCGUCGAUUUAACUCAAGAUGCUGCUACAAAGCGCACAGAAGAUGUAUUAUCUUGGCAUGCGCCAUCAACAGAUAUAUUUAGGAUGAAGAACGAAAUUUCUAGACAGGUAAAUGAUGGAACGAACGAACAAACCCAGUGGGUAUCAUUAAAUAUUGAGCAAGGUUUUGCAUCUUACGCACAAGAGCGUAUCUGGUUAGAUGAGCAAAUGCGGUUCAAGAAUUCGCAAAACCAAACGGUUAAUAGAGAAAUAUACACGACAACUGCGUAUAAUGUUCUAUCAUUAUUCAAAACUGACAGGAAAUGUGGUCCAAUAUCAAUUAAGCGUCUACUUCAUGCAUUGAAUCUAGUUAUUGAGAAGCAUACACCUUUACGUACUAGAUUUCAAUAUGACGGUGAAAUCAACUGUUUGAAACAGUCGUUUGUUUCAUCUGAAGAAGACUUUUACACAUUACAGUUAAUUGAAAUCUGUAAACGAAAUGUCGAUGAGGAAAUCGAAAGACUUCUAGAUGAGUACAUGCAGCGACAGUGGUUUAACCUGGAGGAUGGUAUUUUAGUCAAAUGUUGUCUUAUAAGAACAGACCAACCAUGGCAACAAUGUGAUUUGAACGAUUUAUUUACGCAUGACUUAUAUAUUCUCUGUAUAUUUCAUCAUAUCACAUUUGACCAUUUUUCGAUAAAUAUAUUUUUGAACGAUUUCAAAAAAGCAUAUCAAACUGAAACACAUUUAGAUCCAUUGCCAUUACAAUAUAUUGAUUACUCGCAGUAUGAACGUCAACUUAAUAUGAUCGAUGCGCAACAAUAUUGGUGGCAUUUAUUAAAUGAUUAUGGAAUCAGAAAUCAAUUAAAACUACCAUAUGAUAGAAUAUCCAUACAACAUGCUUACAACAACAACUACUCAAGUGAUGGUUCCUAUGUGGGCAUCAAUUUUGAUUCGAAUCUUAUGUAUAAAUUGUUCAACUAUGCUAGUAAAACAAACACAACAAUCUAUCAGUUAAUGUUAACUGUCUACUACGUGUUUCUAUAUAAACUAGUGCAACAAGAAGACUUCUGUAUUGCUACACUUAAUGCGAACCGCUAUCGUCCAGAAUUACAAUCACUAAUUGGUAUGUUUGUUAAUAUAUUACCAAUUCGCUUCCGGUUAAAUCCACUAAGUGAGUCUUUCUAUAAGCUGCUUUUGGAUGUAAAACAGUUAUGUUUAAAUACUUUUCAAUAUUCAUACUUACCUUAUCAAGAAAUUAUAAAAUCACAAAAAAGAGUUAAUUCAACAAAAUCUUAUUGUCCAUUACCAUUCGUACAAACGGUAUUUUCACUCUCUACACAGUCUAUCAAAGAAUAUAUCGAUCUGGAUGAACAUAUAACACUUUUGCAUCAGGCAAACUUGUUCAGGCAUCAAGAAUAUAACAGUCCAGGCUUUACUAAACCAAAAAAAAUCACGCCGAUGUUCGAUUUUGAUUUUUCGAUUUUAUACAAUCCAGACAUUCCAAAUAUGUCUUUUGAAAUUGAAUACUCAACUGAUUCAUUUCAUCCUCAAACUCUUGUGGAUAUUUCCGAACGGUUUCUCAUUUUUAUCGAGCGAUUAGCUGCUACAUUCGAUCAAGAACAACAGCAACCUGCGAGUCAAUUAACAAUUACUUUACCUAAAGAAUUAAUCAUUUUAAGUAGUCCCAAACAUGACAUCGUGAGUUUGGCAGAUGAAAUCGAAGCAUAUCCUCAAUGUAAGGAAACGAAUAUUACCCCAAAAAUAAGUGUAACAAAAGGGAUGAUAGAUGUGGAAUAUCUUGCAAAUCAACUUUGGUGUCAAGUUUUAUGGCAAAAACAAAUAAAGGAGAAUACUAAUUUCUUUGGCUUAGGUGGAACUUCACUUUUAUUAAUACUAUUAUGCCGUUUAUAUGAAAAUACGUUUCACAUAAAUCCAAGUAUAUUGACAAUAUCUGAAUUCUGGUAUAAAUCAACACUUGAUGAUCAUAUAGAUUUACUUAUCAAAUAUAUUGCACAACAGUGUGUGGAUGACAUAAUUCGAGAAAUUGAAUAA